GCAGUUUUUGCCAACUAUGGUUGACCCCUCGGAUGCUGAGGAGCAGACCAAGUGUAAAGGCGCACACCUCGACACGCCGGCUGUGGCCACUGAAGACCCUCGACUGCCAGAACAGGCUGAUGGCACGACGACGGAGGAGGAAGGGGAUGCCGGGUUUGAGACACCGCCCACUGGCAGCUCCGAGCCAAGUCCCUGCCACACCGCUUCGCUGGCCAUUUCACCGGUCAUGGUACAGGUGCCAGCACCUCCAAAACCACAGACUCAAAUCGACACAGACUCGUCCCCCAAAAUGCACCUGGAUCUGUACAACUUCGACUCGCCUGCUGCAGAGGGCAGUCGCUACGUGCUGACGAGCCCCCGCUCUCUGGAGGCAUGUGCUCGAUGUGGGGUCAAACCUGUGGAGCUGCUUCCCCGCCCCCUCUCAGACUUCAUCCGAGAGGCGCCAGGCCGCUCCAUGCGCGUCGCCACAGGUCUGUUUGAGGUCUACGAGAAGGACCGACACGCCAAACUGAGGCAGUGCAGGGAAGAGAGGGAGAGGAUUGUUAGAGAGGAGAAAAGAAGGAUUCUGCAGGCGGCAGUCAACAGCAGCGCAUCUUCGUCCUCUGUGGAGAAAGCCACAGUUGGCUUCAGUCUACCACCUAAAUCUGGGGCAGUAGGAUCUAGCUCAGUCCCUGAUGAAGGAGUUUCCUCUAAAGCCACAGUUUCAGGUCCAUCUCUUAACACCUCCGCCAAAUCUGCCCCAUUUUCUAAAUCAGGCUCUGGAACCUCUACGCCAGUUUCCAAGGGUGGACUUCAAGGGUCUGCCAAACCUCCAAAGACACAUGAACAGAUAAAGAGCCUGCGACCGCUCUCAUCGGGCCCCCCACCAGUGGUAAGGAAGGGCUCUGGUGGAAAGUCCUCAAACACAUUCCCCAGAUCAACACCGAAACCACCUUCUUUCCCCCGAGCCAACUCCACAUUAACGUCAUCUGUGUCAACACCGAAACCUCCUUCCUUCCCUCGAGCCAACUCCACAUUAACGUCAACGGUGUCAAAGCCGGCAGUCCAGAGCCCCAGCACACCUCUCAACGGGAUAUCCAGAGGCCCCUACUCACAGCACAAUGGACAUCUUGGAGUUCAUUUAAAGAUUCGAGGAAAAAGCCAUUCACUUGAGUCUUUGCAGCGAAAGAUGGAUCCCAUCUGCCCCUCAACUUCUACGACCACGACUACAUGCACCUCAUCGGAGUCAGGUGCUUCCUCCUCUUACAGCUGGGAUGGUGCUCGAGACUACUGGGCAAAGUUCUCCAGUCCUCGAGCUCGCACCCUGGCCACUUUCAACUCUCUGAUGGGCCGAAGUCUCAGCCUGGGGGACCUGAGUCACUCCCCUCAGACCACACAGAAGGUGGAGCGCAUCGUGAAAGAGGUGAAACGUAGAGGUUUGAAGGCCGUCUCUGAGCGAGACCGUAAGAUCGCCGCCUUGAUGCUUGCCAGGUAUCAGGAAGAAGAUAUCAUGAGUCAGACCCGCUACGUGGCUCACCUUCAGUGGGACAGCGAGCGCAGGAUGGAGGAGCUGCGACGGGAGCAGGAGGACAGGGAGAAGCAGCGGGCGGUGCUUCAGUGUCAGCGCGUGUGGCAGACCCAAGUGUCCAUACGUCAGCAGAAGCUCAGUCUGCAGGAGCAGGAAUCUGCUGCUGCCAAACUGCGGCAGGCAGAGGAGCACGAGGAGAAAUGGAGGGAGCUCGCUGAGCAGCAGGAGCGCAGCCGUCUUCUGAGGUUACAGCAGGCGGCACGAGAGGAGAAGCACAAAAAAGCUCUUCAAGAACAGAACCUGAAGGCCUUGGCGGAAGAGAGGGCCGCAGUGUUGGAGCAGGAGAGGCUGCUGCUGAAGGAGAAGCUCACCAUGGCUGAGCUGAAGAGGCAGGAGAAGGAGCACCAAGCCCAGGAGGAGAGAAGAGGUCUGAACAAAGCUGAGAAAAGACGCCACGCCGCCCUGAUCCAAGAAAUCGCCCGCAGAGAGCAGGAGGAGCGCGACGAGGCCUGGAGGGCAGCGGAGGAGAAGCUGAGCCGCUCUCUUGACAAUUAUGAGCAGAUCGUUGAGCGUCGAGGGCAGGAGCUGAAGGAAAAGGCCAAGCGUGAGGAGAGUCAGAUCCAGAGAGCUCGCAAAGCAGCGGAAAGGCGCGAGAGGCAGCAGCAGCAGCUGCUGGAGAUCCGUGUCAUGGAGGCGGAGAAACGAGCCCAGCAGGCAGCUUUGGCGGCCGAGGAGAAGGCCAAGGAGAAGGCCAAGCGAGCCGUUCAGAGCCGGCAGGAGAAGGAAAGACUCCAGAAGCUGAACCGGCAGCGCGUGGAGGAGGAGGAGAGGCUGAGGCGCCUGGAGCUGCUGCAGUCCAUCGAGAGGAAGCUGGAGAAGAGUGAGCAGAUCUUCAGGGAGAAGAAGGCGGUCCUGGAGAGCGCUCGCUCCGUGGCUCGAGCCUCCUUUCACGUCAGAGACAAAGUGCGGGAGGAGACAAACAUGCGCACGUUUGAUAAGAUGGCCUUGGAGGCUCAGCUCAAAGCCAGUCUGGACGAGAAAUAAACCCAUCCCUUGACCUUCAGCAGGUUCCUCUCCUUCCUUUAGUGUUAUGUUUACCAUAAAUACCAAGAACUUAUCAUUUCUACCAUUGUCAUAGACCACAUCAAAGCAAACAAUCAGUUUGAUUCAUGGAAGUAUUAAAGAAUAAAACAUAUCUGAAGCCCAGGACAACGGGCUGCUUUAGCGGGAACACGACUCCUCCAACCUUCAUUUGUUUGCUUCAGAGUUUUCAGCCACCAGACAUAAAGCUGUGCUGGAAUGAAAAGAGUCACGGGACUCUGGAAGCACAACUCUUUGACGACGACAGAGGCUUUUCAGUGGAGCACUCCCGUACGUGGAAAUGUAAAUGG